AUGGGCUAAAAUGUUAUAGAAUUUAUAAAUGAAAAAACCAUAAAUAUUGUAAAUGAAAAUCAUACAUAUACACUAGAUAAAAUAUAUACACCGGAUACAAGUUAAGAAGAUAUAUUUUAACAAAUCGCUGAAGUAUUAAUUAAGGAUUUCCUUUAAGGCUAUAAUGGUACCAUUUUUACUUAUGGUGUUACAGGAAGUGGAAAAACGCAUACUAUGUUUGGAAAUAUUAAUGAUGAAUAUUAAAAAGGUAUUAUUCCUAGAAUGUCAGAUUUUUUAAUUCACUAAGUAGAUUAAUUAAAUGAUUAAAUUGAAUUUAUUGUUAAAUGUUCAAUGUUAGAAAUUUAUAAAGAAGUCCUUUAUGAUAGUCUUAGUUUAGAAAAAAAUAUCGACCUUAAAAUAAAAGAAACUCCAAAAGGAAUUAUUGUGCAAGGUUUAUCAUAAAAAAUAAUUACAGAUGCAAAGGACAUAAUGAAAAUAAUAGAAUAUGGAUAUAAUACAAAAUAAACAAGAACAACCAGGCUAAAUGAAUAUUCAUCAAGAUCUCAUACCAUAUUUAUAGUAGAAAUAACAUAAAGACUAGCCAAUGAAAGUGAAAAAGUAGGUAGACUAAACCUUAUUGACCUUGCAGGAUGUGAAAAAGUAUCUAAAAGUGAAACAGUAGGGGAUGGUUUAGAAGAAGCAAUAAAAAUAAAUCUUUCUUUAACUUGUUUAGAAAAAGUUAUCCAUUCAUUAACUAAUAAUUAAGUGCAUAUUCCUUAUAAAGAUUCUAAAUUAACACGAAUUUUAUAAGAAUCUUUGGGAGGAAAUUAUAAGACUUCUCUUAUUGUAACUUGUUCAAUGCAUUCAAGGUUUUUACAUGAAACUAUUUCAUCAUUAAUGUUUGCAAAUAGAGCUAAAACUAUUAAAAAUUAAUGUAAGAUUAAUGUUAAAUAAUCAGCUGAAUCAAUCAAAUAAGCAAUGGAAGAAUUAUAGACAGAAAUUAAAACUAUUAAAAAUUUAAUGUUUCAGAUUUAAAAUAAUAUUCUUGAAGCAAGGGCUGAUUUGGAUCUUUUGCCUCUUCAAGGGAAUGAAAAAUUGAAUAAAAUUAGUAA